AUGUACGUAUAUGAAAAAGAUUUAAUGGACAUGACAACAGUAGAAUAUUUGAGCCAUCAACAACAAAGGAAGUAUUAUAGUGAUCAUUAUGAAGAUGAAGAUGAUGAGAAUCCAUGGAGAAGACCUUAUUACCCUAAUCCAUGGAAACGAAGGAUCAUGGGAAUCAUUAGAAAAUUUUACAUGUUGGCUCGAUUUUGCAAGAGAACAAGUAAGUAUAAAGGAGAUUCAAGUUAUGGAUUUGAUAUACAUAGUGUAUAA